UUAUAAGAAAUUGAAUGUUUUGAGCUGAACCGAACGUCACUAUUCUUGAGAUCGUGUGCAAAUCUAUGGUCGUCGUUCGAAUUGUUAAGUUGUGUUUAUGUUGUAAUCAGUGACGCCAAAAUACGUUUGUAAAUUAACGAAGCGGUUCUGUUUCAUAAGUAUACUCAUUCAAUUUAAUUAACUUAGAAAUCAGAAAGCGACAAAAUUCCAAAUUUGUUAAACGUGCGAAUUCCACAUCAAGUUCUUACCGUAUACAAAUAAAUAAAUAGAGAGGGAAAGGAAAGUAAAUUAAGAAGUCAUGUCUAAAGCUGAUGACUAUAAUGUCAUUCCCGUGAAAUUCAGUUCACGACUUCCGGGUGUCCAUGAAGUGUUCAUAAAAGUCGACACUACGAUAGGAAAUGACAAAGUCCAUAGGCCCCGCGGAAGAACGUUAUUUAUAGCCAAUAUACCUCCAUGGAUGAUGACUAAAGACAUUCUUUAUCUACUCUACCCGUCUGAGCCUGCACAGUUGUUUAUCCAAGCUGAAGCAGGCCCUCACAAGCCAAUGAACAACGACGAAUUAUUAGCCUACUGCGGCUUCCGUGUUGCCUACGCUGUCUUCAAAGACAAAGUCGAGGUUACCCAGAUAAUGACGCGCCGAGGGCGUGGCGAAACGGUCAUUUCCAAGGAUCGUGGCACGGAAAUGGUAGGAUUGCGAAGGUGGACGGAUGAAUACGCUCGUCGAUAUGUUCCGCCUCAUGAGCUAGAAGAAACAGUGGCUCAUGCAAUCGCUGAGUAUAAACAGCGCCUGGAGGACGAGAAGCGGAAAGCAAAAGCACUUGAAGAACCUGACGAGGACGGUUGGGUAACGGUCACAAAACACAGUAAACGCCCGGUCAUUCCAAGAACAGAAGCAAUACAGAACCGUGUGCUUGAAAGAGAGAAAGCCAAGGACUCCAAGAUGAAACUCGACAAUUUCUAUGCGUUUCAAGCAAAACGUACUAAACUAGAUAAACUGCAAGAGCUCAGACGGAAGUUUGAGGAGGACAAACGUAAAGUAGCGCUUAUGAAGGCCCAAAGAAAAUUCAGACCGACUUAGACAAUCAUUAAGCUUUCGAGUACGAUACAUUCAGUAUAAUGUCUUCGUUGCAUUUACGCAGAGCGGCUAAAAAUUUAUUUCCGAGAAUUACAACAAGCACAAUCAAUUUACUUUUUUAAUUUAUAACUUAUCUCGUUGGCCCUAUGAAAGUGGCAUUUUCGGCUAUGUUUUCGUCAACUUUCAAUCUCUAUGUGGGUUGUGGUUAAGUGGUGAAAUGUAGGCUUUGCUACACGCGAAAAUGGUGUUUUCGUACAAACCGAACGAUAGGAAGCAAGUCAACGGACGCUUUCUGUGGGACUGGUCUGCCUGGGUCGAUUUGCAGAUCACUCGAAUGUAAUUGUCGCUAAGACAAGAGCAAACAUUUGUGGAAAAAAAUAAUGGCUCGUAAACGUUGUAAAAUGUACUUCAUAGUUUAACCUAUUUAUGCAAUUUAACCUAUAAAAGUUAAUUAACGAAGAAAAUAGAUUUU